AUGGCUCGUCUGUUGAAUGAAGAAGAGGAAGAUGAAUUUUAUUCUACUGUAUACGGUGGAUUUACAGAGGAAGCAGAGGAUGCAGAUUAUCAAUCAGAGAGUUCUGUCGAGGACGUAAUUGAUUCUGAUUUUGUUGAUAGUAGUGAAAGUGAAGAUGAUGAUGGAGCAGGAUCAGAGGAAGAUGAAGAAAAGCGCAAAAAGCGUAAGAGUAACCGAGUUGUAACAAAAGGCUACAAGGAACCUAAACGUGCAAAGGCUGCCCCAUCUCAUGCUCCCAGUUCUUCCGAUAAAAAGACAAGUGAGAAGAGUUCAACAGAGUCCCAAAGCAAAUCUACUUCUGAAACUAAAGAUAAGCAAGAGACAGUUACAACGAAAGCUCCGGAGGAUAUUCCGACCUAUGAACGACCAAAAUUACGUGCGAGCACUACGCAAGCGACUGCUGACCACCAAGCGGAAACAGCACGUAGACGUAUAGUAGGUGCUGAUAAUACAGCCAUCCGUCGGAAAGUCUUGUUAUCAGAGAUUGCACAACGUAAAAAUCUUCCCGAAGUUCGACGUCUUACGCAAGAAGAACUGUUGGCUGAAGCAAAGAUUACAGAGGAAAUUAAUCGUCGUUCUUUGGCUCGAUAUCGUCGUUUAGAGAUUGAAAAAAAGAAAGCCCGUAUUCAAAAGACUGUUCAUUCAACCCCAAUGAUUCGUUAUCACUCGUUCACUGUGCCGGUAAUUGAAGAACAACACAAUAUAUACGGUGUAUCGAUCAACGAUGAAGCAGCAACUUUUCGAGUUGGUCCUAUAAUUACAAACCCUUCAGCCAAAUGUUCACGAAAUCUGAUUACAUUUGCUAAUGAUAUAUGUUUUUAUGCUUCAAUGCCUGAGACGAUAACUCCACUGCCUGAACCCGGUUUUCCUGCUCCUUUUCCUGUUCGUCCAAAACGUCGUGGACGUGUGUGCCCCAUUACUGGUCUACCUGCUCGUUACCUAGAUCCUUUAACGUUAACUCCUUACGCUAAUGUGGCUGCAUUCCGUGUACUUAGACGUUUGUACUCUAUAUAUCUUGAGACGAAUAAACCCCCUACAGAAUUAUUACGGGAAUACCAUUAUGGUUGUUAG